UUAUUAUUUUUCGAUCUACUUGUGUGUCGUGAAUAUCUGCGUUCUAUAUAGAGUAUCUUCACUAUUGUUGCUAAUUUAUAAACCAUUAAAUUCGCCUCUGCACAAAAUACCUGCAUAUCCUAAUAUAGAUUUUGUGUCAAGCAAACUAAUGUAUUUAUUGAGUGCGUGUAUAUUUUCAGUGUAUCGCGACACUAAAAAGUAGAGAUGCAGAUAUAAUCUUGUCAUUAACUGAUACCGCCAAGAUCAAGGAUGAAUUGUUUCAUCAAGUUAUCUAUAGACCCUUCGUACUGUAUCGUCAUUGAAGGGUCGUCGCUUCCUUGUCCUCGUCUGAAUUCUCCAGAGUCUUUUUCUAUUGGUUGCUUUUCUCACUUCCUGGAUUUGCCAUUAUCAACAGUUUAUCAAUACUGAAGUCUUGGUUAUCAAACGUUUCACGUACUUUGACUUAAACAUGUGAAAGUAGUUCCAUUCACGCGUUUUAUUUAUUUAAAAAAAAUCAUAAAACAUGCAGGUCAAUUUUAUGUGAUAUCUCUGAAUCUGAAUUUAAGGUCAAUAAAAUGCAAAUAAAAACAUAGAUAAAUAAAUAAAAAGACUUGACAGAUUUCAAAUUUGCAAGAACACACAAAAUGGCUUUAUUUAUUUUUAAUGUGUAAGAAAUUGAAAAUUACAUACAGUGGAGCCCAAAAGAUGGUUAUAUUUUCUGAACAUAGAUAUUGUUUCCAUUUUUAAGUACAACGAAGGACACUAACCUACGAAUUUCCAAUCGAUUUGUCUGCAUUCAGUAAUGUGCAUAUAAUGCUAUGAUCUGUAUUUUGAAAAGACCAACCUUAGGCAUUGCUUUUUUAGUUUAUUUAUCUUUAAACCGAAUUCUACGCAUGAAAAAUUGCACGUACGUGUAAUCCUAUACGAUAGAAAAGUUAAGAAUAUUUUUCAUUAUUUACUUAUAAAGGAUACAUAUUUAUCUUUUCUGUCUGUCGAAUGUUAACCUUUGCGUUUCUUAAAUGGCUAUCAGAUUUUGACCUUUUUACAUUAGCAAAAUUUUAUUCGACACUUCCUCAUUUUUUAAAAUACGAUUUAAAUAGUUCCGGUUCUCUAAACCCCAGCAGUCUGUACACAGCGCAUUAACACUCGAACGUGCUUUAUGUUUUCAGUUCAAAGAAAUGGGUGUGAUGAAACAUUUUCAGAGAAGGGUUGCGGAGCGGAUAGUAAAUUCAACGUAGUACCGGAUAUGACAUCAGAACGAAUGUCGUCUGGUCUAUAUGACUACACCAAUGAGCCGCGCCACUCGUCUCCUGCCAGUUCCGGCAGCUUUACCUCCGGGGAGGGGCUUUCCGGACGGGAGGAGGGAUAUGACUUCGAGUUCAUCAUCAGGGACGAAAAAUACGACUGUCCAAUUUGCCUCCUUGUUCUUCGAGAGCCGCAACAAACGACGUGUGGGCAUCGGUUCUGCAAGAAUUGCAUUAACAAGUGGCUGAAAGAGUCUGAUCAAAGAUGUCCCAUUGAUAACAUGCCUAUAACGGAGUCUCAGCUGUUUCCAGAUAACUUCGCCAAGAGGGAAAUCCUCAGUCUUAGUGUCAAAUGUCCCAAUAACAAAGAGGGCUGUCAAGUGAUAGAGACUUUAAAAAAUGUCCAGAAACAUCUUGAUGAAUGUGAAUAUGUUCCCAUACCUUGCCCAAACAAAUGCAGCCACAUUCUAUUGCGUAAAGACAUUCAAGAACAUUUGGCUCAUAUCUGUCAUAAAAGAACCAUUCUAUGUAAGCAGUGUAAAUCUGAAGUAUUAGCGGAAGUUAUUCAGGAACACAUGGAUGAGUUAUGUCCUCUUGCUAUGGUCAAAUGUCCGUAUUGUGCUACAGAAUUAAUGAGAGAACAGCUUCAACGUCAUUUUGAUCAUGAUUGUAUGCGAAAAUCCAUAGACUGUGUAUAUUCAAAACUAGGUUGUAACAUUGGAAAGAUUCCUAGAAGUGAAAUGGGAAAGCAUUUACAGGAAAACUUGCAUCAACAUAUGCAGCUAAUGUGUCAAGCCCUGACUCUGAUCUACAGACGUUUAAACAUUCAGUCACUGACCCAGGCAUCGCAGAGUCAGUCUCUACCUGAUCGUACAGAAAGUAUCAGCAGCAUGGACAGAAGAAUGUUAGAGGACAUUGGGAACGGAUUGAGCGGUGCAGUUAAUAUGCUACAACUUUCUGAUAAUCCUGCAUUCAGUACACCUCAGGCGGGACCCCAUUCUCUAGACAGCUUCCGAGCUCCGGAUGUGAAUACUAGUAACCGAAACUUGCGCGCUUUGUCCCAGGGAAGUGGUGAGGAUAGGUUUGGAAGUGAAAGAACACAAAUUGACACGGAGCUCACAUAUACCUCAAAUCCCUCCAAUAAUUUGGAGGGCUUCCCCCGAGUCCCCUUUGAUGAUGAAUUCCAGUCGCUAAAAUGUCAAAACAUAUCUCAAGACGAGAGUUUAGCGAGACAUGAAUUCUUGUUGUUAGAUAUGAAACAUACAGCAGAGGCAUAUGAAAAGAAUAAUGCAGUGUUAGUUAAAAAAGUUAGAAGUUUAGAAAACGCCAUUAAUGAAUUUGAAGGACGAAAUUGUAACGGAGUUUACUUUUGGAGGAUUAAAAAUUAUUCCAAGUUCCGAAGCGAAGCCGAAUUAGGGGAGGUUACAGCUAUUCAUAGUCCUGCAUUUUAUUCUAAUUGCUUUGGAUAUAAAAUAUGUAUUCGAGCUAAUUUAAACGGUGUAGACUCCGCCCGGGGAACGCACUUGUCAAUAUUCGUACACUUUAUGCAAGGAGAAUUUGACGAUAUUCUUGAGUGGCCCUUCAGUGGGCGGAUCAUGUUGAGCGUUCUUGAUCAAAAUCCUACGUGUGAAUUACGCUCACACGUCGUGGAAACUCUUGUAGCCAAACCUACCUUGGCGGCUUUUCAGCGGCCGACAACUCCUCGUAACCAUAAAGGCUUCGGAUAUAUGGAAUUCCUCCCUCUUAGUGUUUUGGAUAAUUCUACCUAUAUAAGGAACGAUACAUUGAUUAUAAAGGCUCACAUUGUCCCCUCAUAGCCUAUCCAAUGAUUUUAAAAAUAUUUUUUUUAACAAAUUGUGUGUUCGAAUACAAUAUACAGAUUUACCCGGUAGUAUUAUGUGACAUAGUGUGAUAUUUAAGCUUGUGAGUGACGUCUAUCUCACUAUUUAAAACAAUAUGUCUGCCUGAUUAAAUAUAUCUGUAUUUUUAUUAACAAAAGUUCCUGUACAAUAAAGUAUUGAACAUUC